CAUAGUCUGAUUGUUUUGUAGUACAGGGCAGUGUAAUGUAUGAAGCCUUCGUAGUAGCAAAGAAGCCAAGACAAACUGUGUCGCUUGAUUCGAUGUGGACAGAGAAGAUAUAUGCAUCAUACGUGUUUGGGGAUGUGACAUGAAUUUCUAAAAAGGAAAUUUAGUUGUGUAGAUAGUGAAAUGUGAAGAACGGUCAUCAAAGUCAAUGAUUUGCACCUGACAGUAAAUAAUCAGGUAUGCGUUCGUCCAUACAUGGCCAGUAAGCAGCUGGUCUGACCGCUUCACAGGUGUUUCUUAAACACCUAUCAGUAACAAACAUGAUUUUAAGGAUAUGAAAAGAGCUUAUGUUAAUGAAGAAAACUUUUUGCCUACAAUUUAAUCCAUCAAUCAUACAGUCUACUUCCUGAUUAAGUGCACACCUUAUCCCUUGAAAGUGAAGAGGAUAUUCUGAUCAAGAAACUCAUUUGUUUGUAACUGUUGAAAGAGAAGAGCUAGUAUUUGCCAAUAGCAUCAUGGCGUUUGCAGUUGAUUGCAAUGGUCGUGACUCUCCAAGUUUGGAGAAUGGAGAGAAUCUGUUUGGACCAGAAGAGGAAGUUGAUAUUGAUAUGGAAAUUGCACCAUUGGUAUCAAAGAAUGCCCUUGUGAGCCCUACCAAUGAAGAAUAUGAGUCUCUCCUGGAAGAGAUCAAAUCUCGGGCAGAUGAUGGACAGGGAGAGACGAUAUUUGAGAUUGGGACUGGAGAGGGAGAGAAGCCUGGGUUGAAUGACCCCGAUUUCCAGGCGUCUGCAGCCACACUGAAGAGCAUUGCUGAAACACUACAGAUGGAAAUUGUACCACUAAGGGAGAGAACUGCUGCAGAGGGGAAAACAGCUGAAUUCCUUCUCAGGAAAAGAUUAGACUCUGAGGAUUUCAUGGAAGUCAGAGUGGCAGUUGUGGGGAACGUAGACGCCGGGAAGAGCACCCUCCUGGGUGUGUUGACCCACGGGGAGCUGGACAAUGGUAGGGGUGUGGCCCGACAGAAACUGUUCCGACACAAGCACGAGAUGGAGUCCGGCAGAACCAGCAGCGUCGGCAACGACAUUCUGGGCUUCGACACAACAGGAAAUGUUGUCAACAAGCCUGACCAUGGGCAUCUAGACUGGAUCAAGAUAUGUGAAGAAGCAGCUAAAGUUAUUACUUUCAUAGAUCUUGCUGGGCAUGAGAAAUACCUGAAGACUACAGUGUUUGGGAUGACUGGUCAUGCCCCUGACUUUGCCAUGUUGAUGGUCGGCUCCAAUGCUGGAGUCAUCGGCAUGACAAAGGAACACCUCGGUCUUGCACUUGCUCUCAACGUUCCCGUGUUUGUCGUCGUCACAAAGAUCGACAUGUGUCCUCCCAAUGUGUUACAAGACACACUCAAGUUGUUACAGAGAAUAUUGAAAUCACCAGGAUGUCGGAAGAUACCAGUUCUUGUUCAAAACCGAGAUGAUGUAGUUUGUUCAGCAACCAACUUCACAUCUGAAAGGAUGUGCCCAAUCUUCCAAGUAUCCAAUGUCACAGGGGAAAAUCUAGAUUUGUUAAAAAUGUUCCUCAACUUGUUAUCAACGCGAGUGAAAUGUGACAUGCAGAAGCCAGCUGAGUUCCAGAUAGACGACACAUUCUCAGUACCUGGUGUAGGGACAGUGGUUUCAGGGACGUUGCUCCAAGGCUACAUACGACUGAACGACACAUUACUCCUGGGGCCCGAUGCACUAGGGCAGUUCAUGCCUAUCGUUGUCAAGAGCAUACACAGGAAGAGGAUGCCGGUGAAAGAGGUCAGAGGAGGUCAGACUGCAUCAUUUGCCCUAAAAAAGAUUAAGAGGUCGUCAAUACGAAAAGGAAUGGUGAUGGUGGCACCCCGACUAGAGCCCAAGGCAUGCUGGGAGUUUGAGGGAGAGAUUCUUGUUCUACAUCAUCCGACAACAAUAAGUGUUCGUUAUCAAGCAAUGGUCCAUGUAGGGAGCGUAAGACAGACAGCCACAAUAUUAACAAUGACUGGAGACCACUUAAGAACAGGAGACAAAGCAAUUGUCCGGUUCCGCUUCAUCAAGAACCCGGAAUACCUGAAGACUGACAUGCGGAUGGUGUUCCGUGAGGGCAGAACAAAGGCAGUCGGGAACAUCACCAAGCUGUUCCCCCACAUCAGCGCAGUUGCACAGAACACGCGGCAACAGAGGGCAACCAAAAAGGCGCAAGAGAGCAAACACCAGAUUAAUCCUCAGAACGAGCCACAGAAACCUAGCAAACGGAACCGAAGAUCGAGACAUCGGCAUGACGAUCACCAUGACGACGGGAAGGAGAACACAGACCAUGGGAGUCCAAUUGUGAAUGCCAGUGUAGUGAAUGCCACCUCUGCAGCAGGCACAUCCAAAGCACCAUGAACAGUUAGCACAGUUGGUGAUGGCCGUAUUUUAUAAGUUGAUACACAUUGGUAUGACAUGAGUUUGUGCAUCUGCUGAUCACAUAAAUAAAAUUUAACUAAGGAAUCUAUGUGUACAGAUGAGAAGUAUUUAUACAUUGUGUGGUAUAUCCUUGAAAUUAUUGUUUUUAAUUAUUUGUGAUAACUAACAAGAAAAACAAGACCUAAACGUGUGACUAUCCUUGGACAGAUUAGGGUAAAACAGCAUCCCUAUGUGGCAGCAAUACUAACUAUGAAUAUUUAUUCUUUCCUUUACAGUCUUCACUCUUCACUCUUUACAUGAACGUGUUCUGUUCACCUCCCUACAGCUUGCUUAUUUUUAGUGAUGGUAUAAUGAGCAGAAUAAUUCGCCUGUAACAAUCAUCAUCGAAAAUGAAAGUAACUGAGACCAUUGUCUCAUUUAAUUAAUGUUUUUACCCCCGAAUUAAAGGGUUGGUGGUCAAAAUAAAGUAAUAAUAAUUUCUUAAAACACUGGGUUUUAUUAACAACUUUUUAGGAGUGUAAUGUAGGGAAGUAAAUCUGGGAGUGUUUCAAUGAAGUGUAAAGGGAUACUCUCCUUCCAAUUUUGAUCUACAUUCACUUCGAAUUUUAUUUUACAUUACAGAAAUUAGUUCACUAGCAUGGUGAAAAGGAAUGCAUGCAUUUAAGAAAUUUGUGAAAUUUCACCAUUGGAUAUCCACUAACUAACAAAUUUCUGAAAACCCCAGCCUCAAAUGGGAUCUCUCGCAAGCUUGACUGAUACAGUGUGUUAUCGCACUCUUAUGACACAGACUAGUGGUGGAAUUAUCUCCCCUUGGCUGCUUGUUACCGUCCUGCUCACCAGGCCAGUGUGAUGAAGCUGAGAUGAUGCUGACCACAAGCCCUACUCACUCUGUACAGUGCCUGGCAUGUUUCCUACAAUGAAGUCUCAAAAUGCAGAAUUUAUGAUGUUUUGCAGACAUCAGAGAUAAUUCUGUCCUUUGUCUUCGUAAUUGACGUGAUGGUACUUGAGGUAUAUUAUUCAUUGAAAUGAUCGUCUUAUAAUCAAAGAGUGGGCACGGAUGGCACAGUCAUUGUCAGUGUGCAGAGCUACAUCCCUUAGGCGUGUUGUGAUCCUAUAAUUUUGGGUUUGAAUUCCAGAUUCGUGCUCAUGAUGAUAAUUGAUUUUUCAGCUCCAAACCUAUGUGGGUUUCACCAAAACUGUAAACGUCUGCAAACUGCAUAAUAUUGGGCUUUUCUCUCACAGAAAACUGACACUGAUUUAAUGAAACACUGUUUAAAUCUGCAGACCACCACAAUUCACUAAAUAAUGAAAAUGAGAUGGGCAUUGCACCCUGCAAUAACAUAUGAGCUUUAAUUUAAUUACUGGUAUAUAUAUUCAUAUACGGUAUUAGUUAAUGACAAUUAUGUGUUUGGAUGAAUCAUUUGAGAUGAGAUUUGUUUGGAAGUUUUAAAGAACACAUACUUGUAAUAUUAUGAUAGUUUGCCAUAUUUGUCUGAGUUGUAUUUGUUAAUUGAAACAGUUUUAUAAAUGACAGCAUUGAGAGUUCCAUGUGUCAGUAUCCUGCAUCUUCCCCAGGCAAGGGAGUUAACUGACUGUAAGUGUAAAAGUCCAGUUUCCACCCUUGCAGAACUGGAAUGGAAUGGGCUUGUACACCACGAGACCAAAGCUUGAGGUGUGGACAUGAGCGUUCAACUAACUAAAUCCUGUAUUCCAGGCUACUGACACAUGUUAUGAUUUUAUCAUUACGUAUUCACGAAUACAUUCACUUAUUUGCAGUGAAAUAUGUUUAUAUGAAAAUAUCAGAUCUGCCUUACCAGUGUUUUCAGUAUGGAAACUCAAAAUGUGAAAAGGGUCAAUUAUGACAUAAGAAGCAGAUCACGUCAUAUGAAAAACUUUGACGUCAUGAGUUGUAUUGGUUUUUACAAGACGGCCACUGGCCACUCAUAUUUUUAUUACGAGUAAGGAUUAAUUGAAAUAUUGUGAAAGUACUAAUCGUUCAUGAUUCGGGUAAUCCACGUCAUUCAGUAGCUUGAGGAUUGUUGAUAAAACAUAAAAUUACAUAUGGUUUGACUUUAUUUCAACAGAUGGAUUCUGUCAUUUGUAAAACAUUUUUCUGUUGACAAUCUUGACUCAUGUACUUGGCAUAUCUAAUGGCAGUAUAAAUGUGUUUUGAGCAAAACUGAUGUGAACGGUGAUCAUUCUCAAUGGCUGAUUCACACACACUGCACCCAACUGUUUGAAAAUAACAUAAUGUAGUUACAAUGAUCAUGGGCUCGUAUGACAGUCAGUAACAAUAAAAAGUAUAAACGAAGGUCAAGAAAAAUGUUUUAGUGAAAUACUUGUGUACCGGUAUACUGAAAUUCAAAAUGUGAACCCUUCCCCACAGAAGUACAAUUUCAGAAACUUCAACAAAUAGAUUUCUGCCAUUUCUUACCGAUCUGUUAAGCAUGUAUAGCGUGAGCAUCUAGUCUGCUUGUGAUCUGUGUGACUGUAUAUCACACCACAACCUAGACGGUGUUUAUACUUUAUUUCGUGUUUUUGUUAGUUUUUUAAUGUGUGAAAACUUUAUAUGAUACAUUUAUAGAUCAUUUACAUUCAUAGUCAUUUUCAUUUCAUAAACAAAAUGCAACUUAGAAUUUAAGAGAAGUUUUGCUGUGAAUUAUGCUUGACUUGGUUAUAAAGAUGAUAUACAUGAAAAGAGAUUGAAAAUGGUUCAGAGGCAAAAUAUUUAAACAAAAUGAUCAAUAUCAACAGUAAGAGAUGGCUGUACCGAAUUUGUUAAUAAAAUGUGUAAUUAUUAAGAGAAAAUGCAGACAUAUGUAGUCCAAUGAAGGAAGGGUGUUUGAGGAAAUCCACAGAGAUAAAAUGACAAGACUAUUUUAAAGUAUUGGAGUAGCCGUGGGUUUAGCUUGACAGUUGCUUAUGGAAUAGGCUCAUCUCUGUAUUAGUGAAUGAAUGCCACUAAUCUCUGUUAUUUUACCAUCGUCAAUACCUCACUGGUUUGGAUACACUUCUCCAUCACCCGUGAACACAUAUGGCUGAUUUUCAGUAUAGUUUCUGUUUUUAACAGACAAAUCAAGCAAAGGCCUGGUUCGAGUGAGGUCUCAUACCAAUGUGCACUCAGAUUACAUACCAAUGAAACACGUGAAGAUCCGGGCUAGAAUAGGUCUUCAGCAACCCAUGCUUGCCGUAAAAGGCGACUAAUGUGAUCGGGUGGUCAGGUUUGCUGUCUUGGUGGAUGCAUGUCAUCAUAUCCCAAUUGCGUAGAUCGAUGCUCAUGAUGUCAAUUACUUGAUUGUCUGGUCAAGACUCGAUUAUUUACAGACCGCCAUCAUAUAGCUGGAAUAUUGCUGAGUGUGCAGCGUUAAACAACAAACAACGUACCAACACGCGCUCCGAUUACAUACCAACGUGCGCUCAGAUUACAUACCAAUGAGUGCUCAGAUUACAUACCAACGUGCGCUCAGAUUACAUGCCGAGUGCUCAGAUUACAUCACACAAGUGUUAUUUUCUUCCCACAGCGGCCAUCUACUCUACACAUUGCUUCAGUAUCCGGCACAGGUACAGCCUCAUCACAUUAGCAUAUCAGUUGUAUGUAUUCAUGGAUCAUUGAGGAACCAAGUGUAUACAUACCCAUGAAAUAUUCACCAUGUUACUUUACAAGCUUGGCUCUGACAACUUGCAUAUAUAUUUGAGUACGUUUUGAUAUAGGUUAAAUUGCUCAGCUCUGUGUCGGCAGAUUGCGUAUCAGCUUGUGUGAAAGUUAAACAUGCCCAUUGUUCAACUCAUGCCAUUAAAUGUGUUUAAGAAAUAAACCCAUACUCAAUUUC